GACAAAGGAUCAGGACGUCAAACAGUCAAAGAGUCAAAGAAGUACUUAGAAGGUAACUGGUUACGUACUCAUGGUAGUUGAGCUAGAGUUAGUAGAGACAGUCGAGAGGUAGAGGUCCUGUCCCCGUACCUCUGGGAGCGAGUAUGAUGGUUGUUGAGGCCUCUGUUAGAAAUCUGGCAUGUUAGUUAUUGUUACAACUUACAUAGGCUUUGUAAUUAAUUCGACCAGACCUGUCGUGCUGUGCGCAGCGACUGCCGGCCCGUGUGAGCUUGGAGAAUAGCAACGCCAAUCCUCAGAACAGAUCGGUUCCCCCAGUAAGCUGUGUGUGCACAACAUGUAACAGAAGCAAAAGGAGCGGUAACGUAGCGGGUAACAUUAGCGCUGAGGUAGCGAGCAGCGAGAGAGCAAUAAUACACCCAUCAAGAAAAAUGUCCGACAAAACAGCCCUUCUGUCGAGCGCUACUGAGCAGUUGAGGAGAUUGCUAGCAUGGUGUCAAAGAGAAGGAACAAGUGCUGAUUUGAAUGAGGUGUCACUUGUGCUACGAACGUACCUGAAGAAGCUACAUGCUCUGGAGGAUUCAGUGUCAUCAAAGCUGCGAUGGAAUGAGAGCAUUGAGGACUAAGUUGAAGAGUGUAUCGCCAUUCAAUCACCAGUAGCAGCAGCACCACGUCAAUCCAUGCCUGCACAAGCAGCAUCCACGAGAACAGCAGCGGAAUAUGAAGCACUAACUGUACCACCACCUGGACAAGUGUCAAUAGCAGCAAUGGAGGGAGUAUUGACAUCAGCAUUAGCCGUUACACCAGCAAAUGUCAGUGACCAAGCUGGUUCAAAGUGUGAAGAUGUCCACCAACUGGCUACUGCCCCGCUUGAUAUUCAUGUCAAUCAACUGUCUAUUGCUUCGCAUGGUAUUCAAUUCCCAAGUGAUAGGGUGACAGUUACAUAUACCAGUAUUACCAGUAACACCAAUAACAUCAACGCUAGCACCAGCAGCAGAAGAAACAGCAGUAGCAGCAGCAGUAGCAGCAGCAGCAGCAGUAGCAGCAGCAGUAGCAGCAGCACUGCUAUGGUGGAUACUGCCGUAGUCAUCGUAGUGGAUGGGGCAAAUUCACCCAAUGCUCCAUGCCCAGCUGAUGAUGCUACUAUUUCUGUAGAGUGUAUAUCCCAUGGUCAAGCCAUACCUUCACCAACUGCCAGAUUGGAAGAGCAGAUCAGCAGGAGUUGCUGCGCCACCACCGGCACAAUCACAAGCAAUCCCAUCACAAGCAGCAGCCACAGCAGCAUCAGCAGCAGCAGCAGUAAAGCAAGCAGCGACACUGCCAUCAUAAGUGAUGGAAGCAGCGGGAUUGACACCGAUGUUGGGGCACUUUCUUGCACUAGGUCUUCUUCUUGCCCGGAAACAGGCUGCACUGACAUUGGAGUUAGGAUGUGUGUGCCUGAUAAUGACAAUGUGUGCUGUAAUUGUGAAAUCAAGAAACCACAGACUUCUAAAGCAGCCUGUGCUUCUGCAACUACUAAGGUCACUACUAGUAAGGCUUUACAGCACGAACAAUAUCAACAGCAGCAACACGAUGAGCAGGAGGAGCAACAGCAGAAAAAAGAUCAGCAGCAGCAACAGCGGCAACAACAGCAACAACAACAGCAGCACCAACAGCAGCAACAGCACAAACAAGAUCAGCAGGAACAGAAAAAGCAGCAACGUGUUGACAGAAAUGAUGUAGAUAGCGCUCCCCAAUCUUCUCGAGCAGCAACAUCUCACUGCCAAGUUGAGGAGCGUAUGCCAGAGUCUUCCUACAUUGUCGACUUCCCAGUGCACUCGCGUCAGCCUACCUUCUUCUAUAACGACAGCAGCAGGUCAAUCAGAUGGCAGCAGCAGCAGCAACAACGACAAUGGCAACGGCGCAUGCACCUGCAAAGAAAGCAUAAAAGUCAACAACAGUUCCAGCAGCAGCGUAUUCAGCAGCAACAAAUUCAACAACAACAGAUCCAGCAGCAACAAAUUCAACAGCAGCAGCAGAUGCAGCAGCAGCAACAACAAGUCAGUUCAUUGUAUAUCGCUCAGAUGCCAUCAUUUUAUCUGACUGCUGGAACAACACUUGGCUAUUCAAGAUUUCCACCAGUGGCAGCAGCAGAUCCAUCCAAUGCUCCAGGGAAUCUUGUAUGCUAUGGAACACCUGCUAGGGGAAUUACAGCAGCCCCUUCUGCUGGACCGGUUCACCCAUCGAUGCUUGAAACCCCUUCUCACUUCCCGCACCCUCAUCCGCAGCACCCUGCAGUGAAAACGGGAUAUCCUUUGGCUGUAGGCAUGACUACAUGCAGUAGCAGUAGCAGCAGCAUCUGCACAGGUGGUCCCGCGACAGCAGCUGCAGCAGUGCCACAGCCACACGGUGGUCAUGUCUCAUCACUUUCCAAUCUAGCACCUCUUUCAGUUCAGUCAGCCCAAUGUGCUGCGGCAGCACGGCAUCCAUUCCCCUCCGCUUAUCCACAUCAAGAUCAGAACACUACACAUCACCAUUUUAACAAAUCUCAACAGCAGCAGAUGCAGAAACGGAAACAGAUACCAGGUGAUCAGCUGUCUUCAAUAUCAGCCACAAAGACGCCGCAAUCACAUCUAUCUGCAACAGCAAAGCCCUUUCAUGUCAAAAACAAUACCAGCAUACUAGGUAAUAGCAGUACAGCUGUGGAGAAGGAGGAGAAUGGCCAUCCAGCAGCGUCUGCCACCGCAUUAUUAACACCAUCAUCUCAUAGAGAAACAGCUGCUGGAACAACAGCCAGCUCUACUCUUGAAACAGCUGCUGAAACAACUGGUGAAGCACCAACUGAGAUGUGCAGUGUGGAUAUUGCGGCAGCAAACACACAUGCCAACAGCAAAGAUUCCAGUUGUGCUACUCAGUUUACCAACACAACUAACGUUAUCAGUAGAACAAGCAGCACUGAUGAUGAGAUGAUCCUCGGUGCUGGCCUCAGUGCCGGGGGCCGCAGUGCUGAGGGCCUCGGUGGCCGGGGCAGCAGCAAUUCACUCCAUGUCGACAGGGAAUCUCCCCAAGGAGAUAACCAAAUGCAGGUUAUCAAUGUGGAGAGAAGCAGCUGCAGUAGCAUCAGCAUCAACAUUAGUGGUAGAAAUGGGGUUGGCAGUAGUAGCGGGAGCAACAGCAUCAAAAACAGCAGUGCCAUUGCUACUGCCCACACCACUGGUAGCGGAAGUAGUUUCACCACUGCAAACGCCAGCGUCAGCUCGAGCAGCACUGAUCACAGCACCAGCAGCAACAGCACCAGCAAUAGCAGUAGAAGCAGCAAUAGCAGAAGCAGGACCAGCAGCAGUAGCAGCACCAGCAGCAGUAGCAGCACCAGCAGCAGUAGCAGCAUCACUAGUUCCACCUGUUGCAUCACGAGCACCACGAGCAGCAGCAGCACUGAAAACAACAGUAAUCCAAGCAGCACUAGUGAAACUAUGGACACACUUUCCAAAAGUAAUGAUGGCAGUCGACCACACACUGUGCAUUGCGAUACAACACUUUCCUCUUCGUUUUCGCAGGCCGGUACUGCUAAGUCAGUAUCACCACUGACUGGGUGUACUGUGCAAUCUAUGCAGUCACAAUUGACUUGGGCACAGCGAGCAGCAAGAACAGUGCCACUGCUGGCAGCAGGACAAGCAUCAUCAGUCCAAGCAUCACUUGCGUCACAAAGCCAAGGCAGUUCUACUAAUGGCCAGCAUUCAACAGGCAUAUUUAACAACAGCAGCAGCAACACGUUAUGUCUGUACACAAGUCCUACGGUAACUUGUAGUACAAGCAAUGUUCCUUCUACUUCAGCGGUGGCCACAGCAUCUUCUGCUUCUACUGCUACUGCUACUACUAAUGCUAAGCCGAGUAGUGACCAAGAUGUUCAGGGCACUUCAGCCAUGGCUGACCUCCCUGGACUAGUUAUACCUAUUCCAAGCAACGUUGUUCUUAAAUCAAGAAAAGCAGCAGCAGGAGGAGGAACGCCUGCACCAGCAGCAGCAGGAGGAGCACCUGCACCAGCAGCAGCAGCAGCAGCAGCAGCGGGAGGAGGAGCGCCUGCACCAGCAGCAGCAGCAGCACCGACCAGACUCGGUAGACUGGGCAGACCUAAACCUGGCACCAAUAGAGACAGAGGUAGCUACAACAGCACGACAGCAACACAAACAGUGAUACCUGGCACCAGUGGAGGUGCAGCAUCUUGCAAUUAUGAUAGCGCUGAUGAUAGUGAGGAUGGCGAGAAUCCUGAAUUUGAUGGUCCUGUUAUUUCAUCAGGAACUUUCACCGCGUGGUCUACACCCCUGGACUGGAGUCACAGCUCCAUCGCUAAAGAGGAACAGAUGAAACUUGGAGUACCUGAAAAGGAGCUCUCUGAACAUCUUCGUUCCAAACUGCGUCACCUGUCUGGCAAGAGUACGGGACAGCAGAUAUCCGUAUCGCGUGGCGGCCAGUCUGGAAUGACGAUCAAGUCUGAUCUGGUCAAGAGACAUGAGCUGCAAGAGAAGCAGAAACGGGCUGAAGAGCGCCGCCAGGAACAUUUGAAGAACACCUCGAAGAAAGCUCAGGAUGAGGAAAGAAAGGUGGAAGAAAUUGCUUUUAUCAACUCGCUUGGUGCUGACAACCGUAGAAGAGAAAUCCAGGAGAAGAAUGAAGUUGAGCUUGCACGCUUGUCCGGAAUCAAGGAUGAGCAGCAAAGAAGACAAACUGAACAGCUAGCACGAGAGAAAGCUGCCCAAGAGCGUCGUCGCCUACAAGAAGAGGAGAGACAGGCGCGCCUCGAUGAAAUGCACAGCAAGAAACUUGAAGCUGAAGAAAAAUCAAAGCGAAAUCGCUUAGCCAUCGAGAAAGCGCGCGAAGAAAGUGCCAGAGAGAAAGCAAGAGAACGAAAGAGAAGAAUUGCUGCUCAUGAAUCUGCUAGGAAAGUCAUGGCUGAAGACCUGGUGCUGAGAAUUGCUACGAAGCAAACCGAAUCCAAGCAACGUCAUAAAGAACAGCUCCACAAUCGCAAAACGAGCGGAUCUAGACAGCGUCACAGUUUUCAUGAGCCAUUGAAUUGUCAGCCGUAUGCUAUUGUCAAGCGCUGUAGCUUAUGCCAGGUGCACAUUACGUCAGAAGUUUAUCUGUACAGUCACUUGCAAGGUCCUCGUCAUAUCCAUCAAGUACAGCUUGCAAUGCAAGAAGCCAAUGUACCUUUGGAGGACAUGGAGGAAUUCUCCAGCCGAUCUAUUGUGGAAGAUGAGAAAGUUUCUUGCCUUGCACAACCUAACAGCUGUGAUCAAUUGUGGCAACAGCAUCGUGAUGUUAGUCAUGAUAAACGUCUCAAACGCCUGAAAGCCAAGUUGACAAGAAGUGUACGGGAAAUGAAGCAACCACAUAGCAGUGAUGGCAAAGUGAAUGGAUGUUUCAUUUAUGACCAGCACUCCAAGUUGAGCAGAUGGUUGAAGCUAAUGGAGGAUCACUGUGGAAGGAAUGCAAGUCAAUCUUUUCCACAUCUCAGCCAACUGCAAUCCAAAACAGGCUGUGUUCAACAUUGUGUAGGAGAUAAGGAGAUUAAACAGAUGAUAAGUUUGAUGUCCUGGUUCAUGAAGACCUCACUAAUCAGCUCAACUUCAGUGCCAUCAUCAACAACAACAGCAGCAGAAGCAGCAAGUCCGACCACUGCUACAAGCAGCGCUACAUUUGAAAAGAGGCAGUCGCACAUACCUGCGCUACACAUGUACAAUGUUGUCAGUCAGGUGUAUGCAAUGAUGACAUCAACUCUACCCAUUACCAUACGGCUAUUAUUCCAUAUGUCUUCGUACAAGUGCCAGUAUAUGGAACAGCAUGGACAGCUGCUAGUCGCACAUCUCGAAUUAAUGGAGCACUGCACCAGUAUGCUGGUACAAAUCUUCGCACUCGCAGCAAGUGGCCAGAGAAAUGUACAGAGCACAGCAUGUGAUCAACAACCCAAGCAAACCGAUCAGCACAUGAAGUGCACAGGCAACUACCUUGCUGAUCAUAUACUCUUUGAUCGCAGUUUUGUAAAGUUUAUCAAGCAUUUCUCCGAGCUGCUACAGGUGAUUCUGUAUGCUCAUGGACAGCAAUCUUCACAGUCAUCUAGUCAUGCUACGACUGCAGCAGCAGCAACCACAUCAACAACAACAGCCACACCAACAACAGCAAUAGCCCUGGGUAGCAGCAGCAGCAGCAGCAACAGUUCUCUCCCUGCAGGCAGUGGUAAUCGUGCUACCAGUGCCUGUUGCAGCGGUGGUGGCAUUGGUAGUGGUGGCAUUGGUAGUGGUGGCAUUGGUAGUGGUGGCAUUGGUAGUGGUGCUGGUAGUGGUGCUGGUAGUGCGGCUGGUAGUGCUGCUGGUAGUGAGUUGCUCACGUUGACUGAGCUACAGACACACACUCUGUGUAAUCAAUGGAAUAUUGACAGCAAGCAAUGUGUUAGUGUUAUGGAUGUAUUACAGAGACUUGUCAUGCUGCAUAUCACAGCUCUUAAUGCAUGCUGGCCCACCGCCACCGCCACCGCCACUGCCACUACAGCAGCUGAUAGAACAGCACCACACCCUGAUCACGUUAAGCAGUGUCAGCUAAUUGCAAACUGCAUUGUUGGUUGUGGUUUACUAAGCUGUGUGGAGGCAAUUCUUCUCAAGCCGUCCAUAACAAUGCAGCUUCGUAGUGGCGAGCAGCGUUCUUCUCUCCACUCACGUAUUGGCAAGAAGUGCAGUGGUGAUGUCAUCGACGACAUUAUCCAUCAUGCUGUCAAUGAGUGCAGCUGUGUGUUCCUUGUCUACAACAUAGCACAUACGUUCAGUGCUUUUAGCAGCAGAGAUUCAUCGUCGUCUCCAGCAUUGUCACUUGUGUUAUCAAGUUUCACGAGCACUCAUGCAGCAGGACUGGUCACAUUUCUCUACGGUGUGUUUCUCAUUGAUGGCUCCCCCAAGAAGUCACGGAGUGAACCUAGAUCAUUAUUGCUAUGGCAAUGUCGUUUGGCAACAUUGGUGUUUCGCUCACUGAUCAUGUGGGCAGUACUUGAUGUAACUGAAUGGCAGAGUGUGCUUGGAGCUGAGGGUAUGGCAUUGCAAGUCAGACAUGUUGUCAAUACACUCUUGAAAUAUACCCAGUGUUGUGAUGAAGGCGAUGAUGAAGCAAUGGAGGAACUAGUUGGAACUAUUCUGACAAUGCUAGUCUUGUUUGUGAAGGACAAUCCAGCCAAUAUGGCUUCAUUGCAGCAGUCCCAAAGCCCCACUGUGUUGCAGCAACUGUGUCACCUCAGUUUGAAGUACUUCAUCCGCAAUGACUUACGUUCCAGCCUGCUUCCGCUGCUAAUACACGUCUGUUAUGAACAAGAUGAUCAUUUUGAAAUCUUGGGGCAGAGAGUCUCACCGGUGUUCAUUACGAUGUUUUUGCAGCACCUAGCUGAGAAGACAAGUGAUGGAGACAUCCACAGUAGUACAUGCUUAUUUCCUCUCCUCAGUUCAAGUACAAUGGGAUUGAGUAUGUGUGCUACAGGUCAGUGCUGUUCCACAUCCAGUAUAGCCAGUACUGCCACUGCUGACGCUGCCACCGCUGCCACUGCUGCUUGUUUCCCACAUCAUACCUGUCCAUGUGCUACUACGCAUGCAGCAGCGGCAGCUACUACUGAUCAGUCAUCAGCCUCUGCUGCUCAUCAUCAUCAGCAACCAUCCAAACCGACUGUUCAUCUGCCAACUCUGUUGUCUGUUGAUAAGCUGAGUCAGUACAUGCAGUUUUUCUCCCGUCCUGAUCAGCAACAAGAAGAGCAGCAGCGACCCCCGACGCAGCCACAGCAACAGCAUGAGGAGCAGCGGCGGCAGCAGCAGCAGGAGCAGGAGCAGCAGGAGUGAAAAACACAAUAAGUUACUCCAGACCGGUGGAGGUGGCAGUCUGCUAAGGCCAGUGCUCAGACCGGAUAUGCAGCAAUGAAUUGCAGUAGUGUUUGUGUCACUGCAGCUGGUUGCCAUAGCCUGGGCAGCGAUGACCUGUGUCUAACAGCAAGACAAUGAAGACUGAGGAGAACGGCAAAGGGACAAACUGGUAUUUGCCAUCACGUGAGAGCCAUUUCUUGACCUCAGUAAGCCGUUGAAUGUGUAACAAUAGGUAUGAUAAUGUGAUAGACUUCGUCAGUUUCCAUCCCCCGCCCUCCCCCCCCCCCCCCCCCCCCCGCGUAUGCUGCGGUGCUAUUGUUGAUGGUGUAGGCUGAUCAAGCUACUAUCGGUAAGAACACAUAGGUGUGAAUAGCAAUGCAGGUGUCUGUACAAGUCGACGGUUGAUUUGUUAUGAAUAUCAUUGCAGGCAUCUGCACAAGUCAGAUGUUGAUCUGUUAUGAAUAUCAUUGCAGGCAUCUGCACAAGUCAGAUGUUGAUCUGUUAUGAAUAACAUUGCGGGUAUCUGUACAAGUCGGUGUAGAUGGAUAGUUAGCGGUGUGGGUAUUAUGUAGCAUGAUCAGUAUCCUCAUGCUGAUUGGCAAUUACCCGUCGGUAUGCUUUAUGCACAAUCUAUCACUACUGUACGAAGUAGUGGUUGCGACUUCGGCGAUGAUUUGUCAGAAAA